AUGCUCUCUUCUUCUUUGGCCGUGGCCAUUGUCCGACCACAGUUAAAUUUCAUAUUUCAUUUCGUCAAGGCCGCCAAUUUCUGGCCACAAAAAAAAUUUAAAAAUGGGUGUAAAAUUUCUUGAAGUUCUGCGACCAUUCAUUUCCGUUUUACCCGAAGUCUCCAAGCCCGAAAGAAAGAUCCAAUUUAGAGAGAAGGUACUAUGGACUGCAAUCACACUGUUCAUUUUUCUUGUGUGCUGCCAGAUUCCUUUGUUUGGAAUUAUGUCGUCGGAUUCGGCCGAUCCAUUUUAUUGGAUGAGGGUGAUUUUAGCUUCUAACAGAGGUACCCUUAUGGAACUUGGUAUUUCUCCAAUUGUCACAUCAGGACUUAUUAUGCAGCUUCUGGCAGGAUCUAAAAUUAUUGAAGUAGGUGACAGUCCCAAAGACAGAGCUCUCUUCAAUGGAUCGCAGAAAUUAUUUGGCAUGAUAAUAACCAUUGGUCAAGCUGUGGUGUACGUCAUGACUGGAAUGUAUGGUGAUCCUUCUGACCUGGGUCCUGGUAUCUGCCUCUUGAUUAUCAUCCAGCUGUUCUGUGCCGGCCUGAUUGUUCUUUUGCUUGAUGAGCUUCUGCAGAAAGGAUAUGGACUUGGAUCUGGUAUCUCACUAUUCAUUGCUACAAACAUUUGUGAAACUAUUGUGUGGAAAGCCUUUAGUCCAGCAACCAUUAAUACUGGAAGGGGAACUGAAUUUGAGGGAGCCAUCAUCGCCUUGUUCCAUCUUCUGGCAACCAGAACAGAUAAAGUGCGUGGUCUACGUGAAGCCUUUUAUCGUCAGAAUUUACCCAAUCUCACCAACCUUAUUGCCACCAUUUUUGUCUUUGGCAUAGUUAUUUACUUCCAGGGCUUCCGUGUGGAUCUGCCCAUCAAGUCAGCCCGUUAUCGAGGCCAGUACAGCUCUUACCCAAUCAAGCUGUUCUACACUUCAAACAUUCCCAUUAUUUUGCAGAGUGCUCUUGUGUCCAACAUCUAUGUCAUCUCUCAAAUGAUGUCUGCAAAGUUUGCUGGAAAUUUCUUUGUCAGUCUUCUUGGCACAUGGGAGGAAGCUGGUGGCGGGCCUGCGAGAUCUUACCCCACUGGUGGCCUGUGUUAUUACAUGUCCCCUCCGGAGACAGUAGGUCACAUCAUAGAAGACCCCAUACAUGCCGUCAUGUACAUCAUCUUCAUGCUGGGCUCCUGUGCAUUCUUCUCCAAGACAUGGAUUGAUGUUUCUGGCUCAUCAGCUAAAGAUGUUGCCAAGCAGCUCAAGGAGCAGCAAAUGGUGAUGCGUGGCCACCGAGAUAAAUCCAUGGUUCAUGAACUCAACAGGUACAUUCCUACUGCCGCUGCAUUUGGUGGACUCUGCAUUGGUGCUUUGUCUGUUCUGGCUGAUUUUAUGGGUGCUAUUGGUUCUGGAACGGGUAUUCUGUUGGCCGUCACCAUCAUUUACCAGUACUUUGAGAUCUUUGUCAAGGAGCAAAGUGAAAUGGGAGGCAUGGGAACUCUCCUCUUUUAAACAAACCAUCCUGCACUGUAUUAACCUAAGAAUAACUUACACUUCCUUGCUACACACUCAAGAUAAAAGAAGAAAAACUUAAGGGAGCUCCUUAUGCCAGUCAGAAAAGAAAAUGCUUUCUUCAGCUAAUUUGUACCUCAGCCAACUAUUAGAUAGCUCAGAAAACAACAGCAGUAGCAUCGUCAUCAACAACAGCAACAGCAACAGCAACAACAACAACAACAACAACAACAAAUAAUAAAUAAAAAAUAAAUACAACACAAAUGCAUGUACCUGCAACAUUGUAUUUUUCUGGCCUUUUAAGUUGAGAUUUCUGUGUGCAUGAGCUCUCUUUUUAUUUAAUUUAAAGGAUUAAAAGAUUUCUUUAAAGUAAUAUAACGUUACUGUUGAACUAAUUCUGACAUUUUGUUAUUAUUGUUAUUUUGGUGGCCCCUAUAAAUCUACAAAAACGUGGCCAGUCCUAAUUAGAGCAGCGAAUGUCUACUUUUUAAGCCUAGCCUAUAGGAAACAUUUGUUUUAAUUAUUUACAAAGUUUUAAAAAUUGCCUUGACUUUUAAAUACUUACCCUUGACAGCAUGUCAACUGAAAUGUGUUUCCUUUGGGUUAGGCUUAGGGAACUGUUGUCUCGCAAAGAAGAAAAGGCCUUAUAGUCUACUGAGUUACUACUCAGUUUUAAGCAAAUAACAGUUAGCUCCCUUGUUAAAGCAGACUUUUGAAUUAUAUGCAUUGUACAGUAUGUAGCUACCUGCUAUACUUGAGUCAGACGAGGAGGUGCAAUACAUGCUUCUCAGCCAGGAUUAAGUCAUUUAUCUCAUCCUCAAAAAUGAAAGAAUGAGGAGACACCUGUCUAAUGUUUAGAGUAGAAGUUAUGGCAACUCUUCUCGAAGGUCUGCUCUAGAGGGUGCUAACUGUGUCAUUAGGUACAGUGUUGAGUCCACUUUAAUUUGAAUUCUGUGCUUUUAUUUCUUGAGACUUCAUUGAACGAAGACUUCUCCAGUGACACGUUGGAUCGACACUUCAGUCUACAGAUGAAUAAAUAAAGUGUUGUGUGUCAACCCCA